AUGCCAACAGAGAACAUGGGGCAACCAUCACUGGAGAAUGAGACCAGUGUCUCAGUAUUUACACUCUCAGGUCUUAAUGAAACAAUGGAAAACAGAUUUGUGUUUUUUUCUUUUACUGCACUGUUUUAUCCUCUUAUGGUAUUUUGUAAUGCAACUAUCAUUUUCACUAUAAUCUCAUAUAAGAGGCUUCACGAGCCAAUGUAUAUGUUUAUAUGCAAUUUGUGUAUAAAUGCACUUUAUGGCACUGCUGGAUUCUACCCUAAAUUCAUGUAUGAUUUAUUAGCUGAAGAUCAUGUGAUUUCUUAUUCAGGAUGUAUGAUUCAGAUAUUUGUCAUUUAUUCAUAUGCCCUGUGUGAAAUUUCAACAUUAACAGUAAUGGCAUAUGACAGGUAUGUGGCAAUAUGCAGACCACUGGAGUAUCAUUCAGUAAUGACUAAUCACAAAGUCCUUGAAUGGAUCCUUUUCUGCUGGCUGGCCCCCAUUUUCUUCAUCUCUGUUCUAAUUGUAUUAACAGCUAGACUCACUUUAUGUGGCUCUACUAUUGAAAAGCUAUAUUGUGAGAUUUGGGCAGUUGCAAAACUUUCUUGUUUUUCUACAACAGUAAAUAAUGUGUUUGGCUAUACUGUUAUUCUUGUAUACAUCGGACAUGGUGUAUUGAUAUAUUUCUCCUAUUUUCAGUUGAUACAAAACUGCCUGAAGUCAAUAGAGAGCAGGCACAAAUUUAUGCAAACAUGUGUGCCACAUUUGCUUUCACUAAUCAACGUGACUAUUGCAUUUUUGUUUGAUGUACUGUACAGUCGUUAUGGCUCAAAAAAUGUGCCACAAGGUGUACGCAAUUUUAUGGCCCUGGAAUUCCUACUCAUACCACCAAUUUUAAAUCCACUUAUUUAUGGAUUAAAUCUGACAGCAGUACGUCAGCAAGUUAUUAGACUAUUUUUCAAGAAAAAGGUUGGAAUAUCUAAGUGA